AUGCUACCCGGGGUGGGGGUGUUCGGCACCGGCCUGACGGCGCGGGUGAUCGUGCCGCUGCUGAAGGCGGAGGGCUUCGCCGUGAAGGCGCUGUGGGGCCGCACGCCCGAGGAGGCGGAGGAGCUGGCCAAGGAGAUGAGCGUCCCCUUCUACACCAGCCGCAUCGAUGAGGUUCUGCUGCACCAGGACGUCGACUUGGUCUGCGUCAACUUACCGCCGCCGCUCACCCGGCAGGUCGCCGUCAAGACCCUGGGCCAGGAGCUCAGCUUGGGAUGCUCCUUAUUGUUAGGCAUUGGAAAAAAUGUCAUCUGUGACCGAACAGCGACUCCACUGGAUGCCUUUAGGAUGAUGACUGCAGCUCAUUAUUACCCAAAGCUCAUGAGCAUCAUGGGGAAUGUUUUGCGCUUCCUGCCUGCUUUUGUGAAGAUGAAGCAGCUGAUCCAGGAGGGUUAUGUAGGGGAGCUGCUGGUGUGUGAGGUCCAGGUUCAUAGUGGAAGCCUCCUAGGCAAGAAGUACAACUGGAGCUGUGAUGACCUGAUGGGAGGUGGGGGCUUGCACUCAGUUGGCACCUACAUCAUCGACCUCCUGACUUUUCUCACCAGCCAGAAGGCUGUGAAAGUACAUGGGUUGCUCAAGACCUUUGUAAAGCAGACAGACCACAUCAAGGGGAUACGGCAGAUCACCAGCGAUGACUUCUGUACAUUUCAGAUGGUCUUGGAAGGUGGCGUCUGCUGCACAGUGACACUCAACUUCAAUGUCCCUGGGGAGUUCAAACAAGACAUUAUUGUGGUGGGUUCAGCAGGACGGCUGAUUGUAAUAGGCACUGAUCUCUAUGGACAGAGCAACAGCUCUCCUCAGCGGGAGCUCCUACUAAAGGACUCCACACCAGUCAGCAAUUCCUUACUUCCAGAGAAAGCCUUCAGUGACAUCCCAUCCCCCUAUCUGCGGGGCACCAUUAAGAUGGUUCAAGCUGUCCGUCAGGCAUUUGAGGACCAGGAUGACAGGAGGACCUGGGACGGGAGGCCUCUUACAAUGGCUGCCACUUUUGAUGACUGUCUGUAUGCCCUGUGUGUGGUGGACAGCAUUAAAAAGUCAAACCAGUUGGGAGAGUGGCAGAACAUUUCAAUCAUGACGGAGGAGCCAGAACUGAGCCCAGCAUACUUAAUCAGUGAAGCCAUGCGGAAGAGCAGGAUGUCUCUGUACUGCUAG